GACAAAUCCUUCAUUUGAUCCCCCCACCAAGACAUGCCUCAGACUGACAACGAAAUCAUUCAAAGGACCCUAGUUGGUGUCCCAGAACACCUGUUCAGCCGAUUCACAGUCUAUGGCUCAGGCGAAGAUGUUGAGUUCUUUUAUGACUGGGACAGUGACGAUGAACCCUGGCCUAUUAAUACGGCAGAUAAGAAGGAGACAGACGGGGCUGCUCCCAAAGAUGAAGGAAUUUCUGUGAAAACUGAGGAAAGUACAGACUUGCAAAACAUUGUAACUCAGCCCCAGUCUUGUGGGGUAAAACGCCGCCUGUCAGAAGUCAGUAUUGACAACAAACAAGCUACUUCUGUAAUUCAACCCCAGUCAGAGGUUGUGGAUAGUGGAAAAUCUGGUGAGCAUAUCAGUAACAACCGACAAAGGCACCGCACUACAGCUGCCAGGAAAUCUGGCCAAGGGAGGCAGCGGAAAACGUUGAGGUGAGGAAUCCAGUGACAACAGCAUACCGAAGAGAAGGUCUCCCACUAGUCAUGUUGGUCUGUCAAUGUAGAAUAGUUGUAAUUGUGCGGUACCUCGAGCCAUAUGAUCUACUUUCACUGCUGUGAAUAAGGCAUUGAAUGAUUAAAAUAAUGUGUUUAGGCUGAUG